UGGGAAACUCUUCUUUUAAUGAACAAAAUGGGCACUCAAUUAUCCUCUACAUUAGCAAUAUGCACCAUCCUUUUCACAAUCACCGCAUUCACACCGCCGGCAAGUUCCAGCCCGCCGGAGCCACCCGUGAAAUGCACGUCCCACAACACCAACUGCACCGUCACCAACUCCUACGGCAACUUCACAUCGGACCGGUCCGUCUGCCGGGCCGGCUCGGUCGCCUACCCGGCCACGGAGGCCGAGCUGAUCUCCGUCGUGGCAAACGGCACGCGAGCCCGGCGCAAGAUGAAAGUGACCACCCGGUUCUCCCACAGCAUGCCCAAGCUGGUCUGCCCGGACGGGACCGACGGGCUGCUCAUCAGCACGGACAAGCUCGACCGGAUCCUCGAGAUCGACCCGGUCGGUCUGACCGUCACGGUCCAGAGCGGGGUCCUGACCGGACAGCUCUACGACGCGCUGGCCCGGGCCGGGCUGGCGCUGGCCCACACGCCGUACUUGAGGGCGCUGACCGUUGGCGGGAUGAUUAGCACGCACGCGCACGGGAGCACGUUUAUGGCGAAAGGUGGCGCGCCGAGUGAUUAUGUCGUGGGCGUGACGAUUGUUAGCCCCGGGAGGAAGGAAGAGGGUUACGUUAAGGUGAGGCAGUUGACGGAGGAAGACGAGGAGCUUGAUGCUGCUAGGGUUUCCCUUGGAGUUCUUGGAGUUAUUAGUAAGAUAACUCUAAAAGUGGAGCCGUUGUUCAAGCGUUCAAUCAGCUUCCGCAAGAGAAGCGACACAGAUCUGGCGCACCGGGCAAUUUCGUUUGGUCGGAAACACGAGUUCGCCGACAUAUCGUGGUACCCCUAUCAACACAGAGCAGUUUACCGGAACGACGAUCGGGUUCCUCUCGAAGUGCCCGGCGAUGGCGCAUACGACUUCUUCCCCAUGCGCAGGGCCCUUUCUUCUUCUUCAAUUUCCAGCAGAGCUACAGGUAACAACUUUACAGGAUACCCAAUCAUCGGGUACCACCACAAGCUCCAGGCCAGCGGGAGCUGCUUCUUCAGCCCAGAGGACAACCUCAAAACCAGCUGCUCGUGGGACCCGCGCAUCGACGGCGCGUUCUUCCACCAGACCACAUUCACCAUCAGCCUUCCGCUGGUCGCCGGCUUCAUCCGCGACGUCCAGAGGCUCGUCGCGAAAAACCCAAAGUCCGUCUGCGCCGUGGACGAGUACAACGGGAUCCUGGUCCGGUUCCACAAGGGUUCGACCGCGUACCUGGGCAAGACCGAGGACGCGGUCGGGUUCGACUUCAGCUACUACCGGAGCCGGGACCCGCUGGCCCCGCGGCUGCACGAGGACGCCAUGGAGGAGAUCGAGCAGAUGGCGCUGUUCAGGUACAAUGCGACGCCGCAUUGGGCGAAGAACCGGAGGGUGGCGUUCGAGGGAGUGAUUUCAAAAUACGGGGACGGAGGGGCGAGGUUUUUGCGGGUGAGGGAGGAUUAUGACCCGUUGGGCCUGUUUUCGAGCGAGUGGACGGAUUAUGUUCUUGGGCUUGGGGGAGAUGGGCCGGGCCAAUUGGGGAGUGGUUGCGCGCUGGAUGGGCUGUGUGUUUGUCGGGAGGAUUUGCAUUGUGCGCCGGAGAAGGGGUAUUUUUGUCGGCCGGGGAGAGUGUAUAAGGCGGCUAGGUUUGAUACGAUCCAUACCGGACCGAACCAAACCGUUACGCACCCUACGUGGUUGAGCUCUUCAACACGAUUCGUAUGUGGUUUGGUUCCUUCCUGGCCCAACUCGGAUUGGCCGCGCAAAAAGGGAAAUAGACGAGAAAACAAAGACAAUGAGAAAAUGAGUCCGAUUCUACGGAGGACGAAGAUUCCUCCGACCUUCAUUCCCCAACUUCUGAGAUUCGCUAGCAGGUCAAUCAAGUCCUUCAGAUUCCCUGGCGAGCCUCUCGACUCUUCAUCUAUCACCUAUGGCGUCCAUGUCUUCCAGUGCCCGGAUGCUCGUGGUAUCGUCGCAAAGCUUUCGGAUUGCAUUGCUUCCAGAGGCGGGAACAUACUCGGAGCUGACGUUUUCGUGCCGGAGAACAAAGAGGUUUUCUAUUCCAGAAGUGAGUUCAUUUUCGACCAUGUUAAAUGGCCGCGAGCACAGAUGGAAGAGGAUUUCAUGGAGCUAUCUAGAUCGUUCAAUGCAACGAGAUCUGUUGUCCGGGUUCCCGAUUUGGACCCCAAGUACAAAAUUGCCAUUCUUGCUUCAAAACAGGAACAUUGUCUGACUGAUAUGCUGCAUGGAUGGCAGGAUGGAAAACUUCCGGUCGACAUAGUUUGUGUAAUUAGGUUGAGUUUUGAGACCUUUAUCCACUGUUAACAGGUUCUUUUGACUCGAUACAUGCUCAUGUGUGUUCCUUGGCUUUCUGCAAUAGUAACCAUGAAAGAGCUCCAAAUACACAUGUGAUUCGUUUCCUUGAAAGAAAUGGGAUCCCUUAUCAUUAUUUGGACACAAGCACAGAGAAUAAAAGGGAGGAGGAGAUUCUGAAAUUGGUCCAGAAUACUGACUUCCUAGUACUUGCCAGGUACAUGCAGGUAUUAUCUGGUAAGUUUUUAAGGAGCUAUGGGAAAGAUGUAAUUAAUAUUCACCAUGGACUUCUGCCAUCAUUUAAAGGAGGAUUCCCUUCUAAGCAGGCUUUUGAUGCAGGCGUGAAAUUAAUUGGUGCAACAUCUCACUUUGUCACUGAAGAACUUGAUUCAGGGCCUAUUAUUGAACAGAUGGUUGAGAGAGUCACACACAGAGAUAAUCUUCGAAGUUUCAUUCAGAAAUCAGAGAACCUGGAAAAACAAUGCCUUGCCAAAGCUAUAAAGUCUUAUUGUGAACUGAGAGUGUUGCCUUAUGAGCAUAACAAGACUGUCGUCUUUUGAGGUAAAAAGAAGCCUGGAUACUUGCAGUUAGAAGGUAGUUACUUUUGUCUGUACAAUCAACUCACUCAUUCAAUGAUCUACAGUGAUAGAUCAAACCAGUAGAAGCAACCGUGAACCACAAUGUUGUACAUCUUACGUUUAUUCGACAUGGGAAAUUGAUUUUAGAACUUCUGCAAAUACAUAAUUUUGUGACCUUAGGAGUUUCUGUUGUUCGUUUCUCAUUUGUUUGUCCGGAACUCGGUCCAAGAACAAAUAAGACUAGGCUUGAGAUGUCUAAUGUAUGCUCUAACCGUAAAUUGUGUUGUAAUUGUCUGGUUUUAGAAUUUGAGUUGGGAAGAGUGUAGAGGAACAAAGAAACUAGAGG